GCCUUGAUCUUGCUAUCUUGCCUAUAUUUGUGAAUUUUGGGUUGUCGGCAUUUCCCAUAUGUUAUCAAUCACCUGUCAAUGUCAAAAAAAUGAAAUUUUUAGUUAGUGAAUAAGUUCUAUAAUUUUUUGAUUUAUUAUUUGUUGUGCUUACAAAUUUCCAGUGGUAAAUGUAGGUCGGAAAACAGUGCGAUAAUGCUUGGACCUAUGUGAAUAUAUUCUAAAGAAUAUUUACUUAUAAAACCAAACAUCUAAACAAUGAAUUCUACGUCCAUAGGUCAAGCAGGGACUGCUCUAAAGUAUAAAGGGGGUCUGCACUGCGACAAAGAUGCCUUGACAGAUAUGUUCGGCUGGUUUCUACAAGUUCUUUUAGCUUGUUUAGCUUUUACAUGUCUCAUUGCAAAGAGAUUUUGUGAACCUCGUAUUCGAAGAAGAUCUUGGCAAAUAUGGUUCUACGAUACGUCUAAACAGGGCAUGGGGGCCAUGGCUAUACAUUUAGCUAACGUAUGGUUAGCAGGACAAUAUCAAGGGGACCCAUGUACUUGGUAUUUGAUUAACUUUCUAUUAGACUCUUCAAUGGGGCUUUUGAUAAUUUUUAUUGGGAUAAGAACUUGUCAGUUCUUAGCCCAUAGGAAAGGCUGGGAAGCUAUCAAUUUUGGAGAAUAUGGAAAACCUCCUAAUGUUAAUGCUUGGUUAGCUCAGUGUUGCUUAUAUGUUGGUUUGAUGGUCAUUGUAAAAGUAUCUAUAACUUUAUUUAUGCAGUUAGAUUUUUGGGAGAACGUUAAAGACUUUAUAUUAAGUCCCAUAGAUAACCCCAAGAUUGAACUAGCAUUUGUUAUGUUAAUUAUUCCAUUUUUUAUAAAUAUGUUGAUGUUUUGGGUGACUGACAAUUUCCUAAUGUACAGGGAUCCAAGUAAAAGGAGAAGAGACAGUUGUGAAGUUAGUUUGUUAGAAAAAGCCAGAGUUAAAUACCGUAAUAUGAGGAAGAAGAAGCGUGACUCAGAAAGCGAUGGGUUACUCUCAGGAGAUGAUGACAUAAUAGACCCAGAACAAGUGCCUAUAGUAAGAGCUGCUGUUAGUAUGUGAAAAUAUACUUAAAAAAGUAUCAGCUUUUUACUGGAUACUGUGAUAUUGGUGACCUCUUUCCUUAGGUCAAAAUAAAGAUAUUGUAUUGUAAGAAUUACGGUCUAAAGAGGUGUAUCAGUUAGUGCCAAGUUUUACAAAAUAUCAGUAAAAAUGUUGUUUUUUUUGCUCAACUUGUGUGUGUUUCUCUGUUUAUACAAGUAAUAACAAAUUUUGUUGGUUAAUUAUCUAUAGCAGAAGUAAUCAUUAUUUUAUCAGGAUUGUUUUGGAAAAUCAUUGUGAUUUCAAGUGGUUACCAUCUGAUACCAAGUGAUAUUAGUAAAUAAUAUUGAAUUUCACCUUCAUGUUGAAUUGAGUAGAUUGGCCUUUUAUGUUAGGUGGCAAUUUUUUUUUUAUUUUUGAAAAUGUAUGAUUGUAAUUUGUAAUAAGUUGCAAAGUAAAACAUUGUCAAGAUAAUACAUUGUCCUGUUAAUACAGUUAUUGAUUUAGAAUGUUAAGACAUAUCAAAUAUUUUUUUGCUGUAAUUACUAAUACUUGUUAAGAUAUACCAAAAAAGUUAAUUGUAAGACUAAAUAUAUUAUAUUGUAAAUGUAAAGGUACUAAUAAAAGA